AACGGGAACAAAGCCUCGAAACCCAUGUGAAAAUACUGGCUGCAGGACAAGCAUAUUGGACAGGCAAAAACACUUACCGCCACUUUGUUUAUCCAACCUUUAUCGCUCUGUUAAGCCUAAGCCACGAUUUGUUUAUUUCGCCUGAAGUUCGGAGUUCGUUUAAAUUAUUAAACUUUAUCUAACAUUUUUCCAUUUCUUUAUUUCUUAUUGUUUAUCUAACCUUUGUUGCAGGUGACAUAACUGAGUGAGUUUGCAUUUAACAAAUCGUAUGCAAAUUUUCCAACCCAUUUUCUUCUACUUUCCCGUUGCGGCCUGUUGGCGUUUUCUGCUUCAGAAACACGUUUCAUACUCGUACUUAUAUCCGACUUCUACCAGUCUUCCAGAUUUUCUGUUUCUUCUCAAUUGUCCUCAGUGGUUCGUGAUUGAAUCAAUCGUUGGAAUCACACAUACCGCAAAUAAAACACACACAUCCCAGAGGCACACACAUUGGCACUCUGGCAGUUCGCGAAGCGUUAAGUGUCCCACUGCUGCUCGUGUUCGUAUUUGUACGCUUCAAAUUCGGAUUAAAUGAAUAUCAUAUCUUGAUUGGGGGAGGCGUUGGGCAUGUAAUUCCCAUAGAGAGUACUGAGAGUAACCGACUGGGAUCGCAUUCAUACACCUCCGAAUCGCUGAGACGGCAACACGGCAACACGGCAACACGACCGAACGGAAUGUGGCUGGUGCAAAUGUUGUACUUUGCGGGCCUAUUGACGGUCUUUCUGCUGCUGGGCCACUGUGGGGAGAGUGUCAAUGGAGACUUCUAUGGCAAUGCGAGUGCGAAGCUGCUGCGUUUCCGAGACUUUGAGCCACGCCAGCAAGGAGAGCUUCAAUUCGAGGAGGAGAUGGAAGUGGAGAUGGAUAUGGAUACUGACGUUGGGCGGGAGGGACGUGGCUUUCACUUUCAUGCCAGUGGCGAGGAUGUCAGCGUUGAGCUGGAGUUCAUCGUUCCAUUCUUCAAGGUGCCGGUGAAGCGGAGCAUGGGAAUGGCUCGGGAUGCCGUGCAGAAUCUCCUAAAUCUGCGAACGGGAACGCUGCUCAACACGGCAGUGGUGGUGGCUGCAGGAGCCAUAAUUGCAGGAGUGGUGCGCCUUCUCCUCGCCCCGCUGGUGGUCACGUCGCUGGGCAAUGGAUACCCCUACAGAUCGGACACCACCAGAGGCAUGCGCCGCCUAACGAAUGUCGUUGAGUCCCACCUGGAGGAGCACAACGUUGACAUGUCCGCCUGUGUCCAGCGCUACAUCUGCCACUACUUGACUCACAAUGUCUCCUCGAGCUAUGCGCGACUCCUCCAUGUGCUAGCCAGCUCUCCCUGGCUGGAUUCUCUCACCAGAGGCACUGCAGUGCUGCAUGCCAUCCAAACGGCACGGAGCAGUCGCACCUGUGGCCACACCUAUGCGAGAUGCAGAUUCCCCACUCUGGACAAACCCCACAUAAACCCCUUCUGGACAUCGAGGACAUUGCCAAAAGUCCUGCAAUAUUUCAAUGGCUGACAUACAUGAUUCCAUACAUAGUUCAUACAUAGUUCAUACAUAAUUGGGGUAUCCUCUGAUACAGCCUUUAAUGUUUAACCAUUUUUUUUUGUAUUAUUAAGUUAGAGUAUUUUCGAUCGUAUUUACAAUAAUAUUAUGUACAAUAUAUGCAAUAAUAUUCCAAUAAAAGUGGAUGAGCGCUACCACCCUCCAUCCUCUAACCUGUGAA